AGAACUGCAAAUUUAAAUUGUUUGAGAGAUAUUUUAGCGAAAUUUUAUCUAAGGCUAAGGCCACUAUCCUCCUAGCUCCUCCGAAACAGGGUAAGGAGAGGCAGAUUGGAGUUGAGAACACGUCAGUUCCCCGUAACUCCAAAGAGGACAAGAUCCUCGCCAGGAGACGAAAGACCAGGCGGGUCAAAGAGGCAGACGCUUGAGGACGCUGUUGCUGCCGAAGGAAAGGACGUUACCUUACAGGGUGAAAGCUGGAGUACCGUUGUAGGUCGGAAGGAGAAACGCGGGAAACAGCAAAAAAAGAAGGAGGAGCGAAAAUGGGAGCAGAAGAGGAAAUCAGAACCCUCGGCUCGUCAGAAGGCGCCUAAGGGAGAAGCCGUGCUCGUCAAAGCAAAUGACGAGACUACGUACGCAGCACUGCUCAAAAAGGUCAGAGAGGACCCGGAGCUGAAAGACUUGGGAGAAAACGUGUUAAAGGUCAGGCGUUCCCAAAAAAAUGAGAUGCUCCUCGAGCUGAAGAAGAAUACUACGACUAGUAGCUCUGCCUUGCAGGAGACUAUAACUAAAUCAAUGGGUGGAAAGGCAGAAGUUAAAGCCUUAAGCCCGGAGAUGGUAAUUGUGUGCAAGGACCUUGACGAAAUAACGACGGAAGACGAGCUGAGAGGAGCUAUGAAGCAGCAAUGCAAACUGGGCGAUGUGCACAUGACGAUCCGGUUAAGGAAGGGAUACGGAGGAACGCAGACAGUGAUGAUUCGUUUACCGGUAACCGCUGCAGACAAGGCACUGGAGGUAUAUGCAGUAGCUGCGAAACCUUUUCUCGGAAAUUUCCUUCUUCAAACAGUCUCGUCAUUCUCGUCGUCAGCUGACCCAAAAUCCUAUGUAAGCGACUUUCGAACACAGCAAAAUGCUGUCGAUCGAACUGUUAUACAUGAAAUGCAUCCUUCUGACUACAGUAAGAAUAGUGAAACUGCUAUCAAUAAAAUGGGAACAUCCAGCAUUGUGGGAACACAGCAUAGAGAUGGAGAGCUACAUCCGGAACUAAAUACGAAAAAAAUUAAUAAAAUAUUUGGAUUAGCACGUGAGCGGCUCACCGGGGCUUUUCAUCGUUUGUUUAAUGUCGAUUCUAGUACUGUAAUGAAAAACACAAGUAAUCCGUUUAUUGUUGGUAGUAACACAUUUGUAAAACACGACGAACUCGAUGGUAAUGAGGCGAUACUUAGUGACAGUCUGAAUUCAAAAGCAGUUGUAAAUGAUCGCGUCAAAUAUUCUAGCAAUAUGGGGCCCGGAUAUGACCUACGCGUAGAUAUAUCCAAUUCGGUCUAUAAAAACAAAGAUCAGAGCAACGAAACAACCGAAAGCAUUUCUGAUUUAAUGAAAGUAACUUUACCUGUUGAAGAACAAAUUGAUCCGGACGAAUUAACUAAAUUCGGAGGCGAUUUUAAUUCAGAUUUAAAUAACUCCACUGUGACCUGUCCUCAACAAAAGAAAGGGUUUAUAAUAAAGAGACUAGAAAAUAUUAUCAAACGAUUAAAUAAUACUAGACAUCAAUUUCGAACUAGGACAGUUCAUGCAGUUGUCAAACUGAUUCCGCUUGUACAUUCGGUCGUUAAUAAAGAAAUUUAUAAAAAAAAACCGGCAGGUCGUUUCUUGGAAAAUGGUCGUAAACCAAAAACUAAAGACGGUAAUGAAUAUUCCAUGCCAUUUCGAUUGUCUAAACUAUCACACAAUUUAUUGGCGUUCAAUGAAAAGAGUAAAGAGCAGGCUUCACUAGUUUUUCAAAAUGCAUUCAACCGAUAUGCUCAACUCAUUACUAGUGGUAUGAACACAGCUACAGAUGUUAACAAUUCAAUUUCUAAGGAAGCCCAACAGAAAGAAAGGAUCGACAAUUAUUCUACUGUCGAUACUGGCAGAAACAAUGUUGUUAAAAAUGACGACGAUAGCUAUGAAAACAACGCCCGAAGCGAUAGAAUGGCUACCGACAAGAAGGCUAUUGAUGUAAAUGUCUCUAAUAGUGCCAACUAUGUUGCAGCCUCAAAACGAAUGAACUUACAAAAGAUAGAGAUGGUCGGGAUAUUAAUUCUUGAAGUUUUUGGCUCAAUAGCAGGUUUAACUUGGGGUGCAUUUAACCAACUACAAUUGUUUUUCAAGUAGCGGUUCCGUGAUUGCACGACUGGCGUUAGUCGUUUUGCUUUCGUGGAAUAAUUUUGUCACAUAUGUUACCGAUAGUAGAUCACCAAUUUCAAUGAGUAAAAUCAUGAUCACAACAUUUUCUGAACAGCUGUAAAUAGUUAAACAAGCUUUUGUAAAUAUAGAUCCACGUUGGACAAAUAUAUCUUUAUUCUAAACAAUGAACAUAUUGUAUUACCGCCGAUAAGUCGCUAAUAACCCGUAAUGUCCUAAUCACAAAUGGAAUUUCAAAUCUAAGCAAGUAUCAUAGUGGACUACAUUAUACUAAAAGUGCCAAUAAAAAAUACUCGAAAUAAAUGACAUAAUAAUACUAGACAUCAAUUUCGAUCUAGGACAGUUCAUCCAGUUGUCAAACUGAUUCCGCUUGUACAUUCGGUCGUUAAUAAAGAAAUUUAUAAAAAAACCGGCAGGUCGUUUCUUGGAAAAUGGUCGCAAACCAAAAAAUAAAGACAGUAAUGAAUAUUCCAUGCCAUUCCAAUUAAUUACCGUUCACAGAAGACCAGAUGUUUGAAGACGCCUUUAUUGUAUAACAAGUAUGGUUUGUUUUUGCGUAUGAAAUUUCAUACGCUAGGACAUAAUGGGUUAACAAUUGUCCCAAUUUUUCAUACACUCACCCCCUUCCCCUAAACGCGUGUCAUAAUUUGGUAAUGGAUCAUAUUUAUUAAACUUCCAGCAUCUAACUCGCUAAACCAAAGGUUAAAAGUUAAAUAUUAAUAGAUUAUCAUAAGGAAUCGUAUCGAAUACCUGUUUUAUGAAAUAUAAUAUUUUUUUUGUAGGUAUAUGCAGUAGCUGCGAAACCUUUUCUCGGAAAUUUCCUUCUUCAAACAGUCUCGUUAUUCUCGUCGUCAGCUGACUCAAAAUCCUACGUAAGCGACUUUCGAACACAGCAAAAUGCUGUUGAUCGAACUGUUAUACAUGAAAUGCAUCCUUCUGACUACAGUAAGAAUAAUGAAACUGCUAUCAAUAAAAUGAGAACAUCUAGCAUUGUGGGAAUACAGCAUAGAGAAGGAGAGCUACAUACGGAACUAUAUACGAAAAAAUUGAUAAAAUAUUUGGAUUAGCACGUAAGCGGCUCACUGGGGCUUUUCAUCGUUUGUUUAAUGUCGAUUCUAGUACUGUAAUGAAAAACACAAGUAAUCCGUUUAUUGUUGGUAGUAACACAUUUGUAAAACACGACGAACUCGAUGGUAAUAAGGCGAUACUUAGUGACAGUCUGAAUUGAAAAGCAGCUGUAAAUGAUCGCGUCGAAUAUUCUAGCAAUAUGGGGCCCGGAUAUGACCUACGCGUAGAUAUAUCCAAUUCGGUCUAUAAAAACAAAGAUCAGAGCAACGAAACAACCGAAAGCAGUUCUGAUUUAAUGAAAAUAGCUUUACCUGUUGAAGAACAAAUUAAUCCGGACGAAUUAACUAAAUUCGGAGGCGAUUUUAAUUCAGAUUUAAAUAACUCCACUGUGACCUGUCCUCGACAAAAGAAAGGGUUUAUAAUAAAGAGACUAGAAAAUAUUAUCAAACGAUUAAAUAAUACUAGACAUCAAUUUCGAUCUAGGACAGUUCAUGCAGUUGUCAAACUGAUUCCGCUUGUACAUUCGGUCGUUAAUAAAGAAAUUUAUAAAAAAAUCGGCAGGUCGUUUCUUGGAAAAUGGUCGCAAACCGAAAAUAAAGACAGUAAUGAAUAUUCCAUGCCAUUCCGAUUAUCUCAACUAUCACACAAUUUAUUGGCGUUCGAUGAAAAGAGUAAAGAGCAGGCUUCACUAGUUUUUCAAAAUGCAUUCAACCGAUAUGCUCAACUCAUUACUAGUGGUAUGAACACAG